GUUACCUGCGUUAAUCUGCUGUCCCUGCAAACCUGCAAACCUGCAACUAUUACCCACCUGGGGGAGGAAAAGGCUCAGAUAUACUGAUUUAUUUUAUUUGUUUCCCCGCCGGGGGGGUUGGAGCUGAAUUUACCACAACAUCACGGCGUGUGUGCAUGUGUGUGUCGGUGUGUGUUGGUGUGUGUGUGUGUGCAGCUGCAUGCAUGAUGACCGGCUGAGGAAGAGGAGGAGACGGAGAGGCUGAAUCCGUGUGAAUCCUGCUCUUUUUGCAGCUCUUUUUGCAGCUCUUUUCCCCCCUGAGAGGGAUGUGUCCCCGGACCAGCCCGUGAGGGCCUCCCGGGGACCGAGGCUCCCCCAGCCGGACAUGGAGCGCCGGGAUGCGGGUCCGACUCCCGCAUCACAGCCGCUCCUGCAGGAGUAAAGGCCGCUCUGCCGGGCUCUUUCUGCGCCUCUCCUCCCCGGGAAUCACCGGGAAUCACUGGAAACCCUUCACAGCCGCUACUAGCUGCACUAGCACGGCUGUCAGGGAAUAAUCAUAAUAAAAUAGAGAAAAGGAGCAGCCUGGCUGGAGAUUAAAGCCGCCACCACCACGUCUAACCCGUUUGUUCACAUGGUUUCCGGGGGGUUUACUCGCUUUACUCGCACAGGAAUGAGGUCUGGAGUGGUUUCUGGGGGCUUUACUCGCACAGGAAUGAGGUCUGGACUGAGAAGGAGGCGCUUGACCUUGUUUUGGGGUCUGAUGCUGGUUCUGAUGCUGCUGGCGCUGUCGUGCUGCCCCAGGCCCGCACACGCAGAGAUUUGUGGUCCCAGCAUCGAUAUCGGCAACGACAUCAAUGAAUUCCGGCGUCUGGAGAACUGCACGGUGGUGGAAGGCUACCUGCAGAUCCUGCUCAUCGGGGACAAGAACAACAACGCCAACCAAGAAAACUUCCGCUCCCUGAGCUUUCCCAAGCUGACCAUGAUCACCGACUACCUGCUGCUCUUCCGCGUGUCCGGCCUGGACAGCCUGAGCGCGCUCUUCCCCAACCUGGCCGUGAUCCGCGGGAGAAACCUCUUCUACAACUACGCCCUGGUCAUCUUCGAGAUGACCAGCCUGAAGGACAUCGGCCUGUACAACCUGAGGAACAUCACGCGCGGCGCCAUCCGCAUCGAGAAGAACCCGGAGCUCUGCUACCUGGACUCCAUCGACUGGUCGCUCAUCAUGGACGCCGAGUUCAACAACUACAUCGCCGGGAACAAGCAGUCGAAGGAGUGCAGCGACGUUUGUCCGGGCAUCAUGGAGAACAACCCUCUGUGCAGGAAAACCAUGUUCAACAACAACUACAACUACCGCUGCUGGAACUCCAACCAUUGCCAGAAAGAGUGCCCGGAGAAGUGCGGCCGGCGAGCCUGCACGGACGCGGGCGAGUGCUGCCACGCCCAGUGUCUGGGCAGCUGCACGGCCCCGGCCAGCGACACGGCGUGUGCCGCGUGUGUGCAUUACUACCACCAGGGGCGCUGCGUGGCCGACUGCCCCCCCGCCACCUACAGGUUCGAGGGCUGGCGUUGCAUCAGCGCCAAGCUCUGCUCCAAGGUGCACCUGCCGGACUACGACACCUUCGUCAUCCACGGAGGAGAGUGCAUGCCCGAGUGUCCGUCCGGGUACACGCGCUCUCUCACCAACAGCAUGCUCUGCUCGGCCUGUGAUGGCGUGUGUGAUAAAGUGUGCGAGGAGAAGGUCAUUGACUCCAUGGAUGCCGCUCAGUCUCUCAAAGGCUGCACUGUUAUCAAAGGAAACCUGCACAUCAACAUCCGCAGAGGCCAUAACAUGGUGGCGGAGCUGGAGAGCUUCACGGGGCUGAUCCAGAGGGUGACGGGCUACGUGAGGAUCACACACUCGCACACGCUCAGCUCUCUGGCGUUCCUCCGCAGCCUCCGAUACAUCGACGGAGACAACCUCCUGGAAGACAUGUAUUCCUUCUCUGCGUUCGACAACCAGCAGCUGCAGUACCUGUGGGACUGGAAGCAGCACAACCUCACCAUCAGGAGCGGGAAGCUUUUCUUCAGAGCCAACCCCAAGCUCUGCAUGUCCGAGAUCCGCAAGAUGUGGAACAAGACGGGCGUCCGCGGCCGCUUCGACGAGUCCGACUUCCGGAACAACGGCGACAGAGCCAGCUGUGAGAGCACCAUCCUGCAGUUUACGUCCAACAGCACCAGCAGCACGAGGAUCAAGCUGACGUGGCAGCGCUACCGGCCGCCCGACUUCAGGGACCUCAUCAGCUUCAUCGUCUACUACAAGGAGGCGCCGUUCCAGAACAUCACGGAGUUCGAGGGUCAGGACGGCUGCGGCUCCAACAGCUGGAACAUGGUGGACGUGGAGCUGCGUCCGGAUAAGGAGUCGGACCCCGGGGUGCUCCUGUCCGCCCUGAAGCCCUGGACGCAGUACGCCGUGUUCGUCAAAGCCUUCACGCUGAGGGUGGAGGACCGACACAUGCCGGGGGCCAAGAGCAAGGUGGUGUACAUCCGCACCAGCCCCUCAGCGCCCUCCAUGCCGCAGGACGUGCGCGUGUACUCCAACUCGUCCACCCAGCUGGUGGUGCGCUGGUCGCCGCCCGUCUCCCCCAACGGGAACCAGACGUACUACCUGGUGAGGUGGCAGCAGCAGAACGAGGACCGGGAGCUGUACCAGCACAACUACUGCUUCAAAGAGCUGAAGAUCCCCGUCAGGAUCGCUGCCAUCGGCGUGGGGGAGAAGGAGGAGGAGAUGAAGCCGACCAAACCAGACCCAGACGGGGCGGAUAAAGGCCCCUGCUGCCCCUGCCCCAAAUCCGUGGAGGACCUGGAGGCCGAAGCCGCAGACGCCUCCUACAGAAAAGUCUUUGAGAAUUUCCUGCACAACUCCAUUUUCACGCCGAGGCCGCCGGACCGGCGUCGCCGAGACGUCUUCAGCGUGGCCAACGCCACUCACGGCGGCGGCCGCCAGCGGCUGCACGCCAACGGCAGCACGGCCCCGCCCCACAAGGCCGCCGCCAACGGCAGCGCCGCCGAGCCGGAGCCGGCGGACCAGGAGUUCGACUUCCUGGAGCAGUCGGUGCUGGAGCGCGAGCUGCAGAUCUUCGGCCUGCAGCCCUUCACGGUUUACCGCAUCGACAUCCACGCGUGUAACCGGCAGGUCCGGCACUGCAGCGCCGCCGAGUUCGUCUUCUCCAGGACCAAGCCUGCAGAAAAGGCCGAUGACAUCCCCGGCCCGGUGACGUGGGAAGGCCACGAGGAGUGGGUGUUCCUGCGCUGGCCCGAGCCGCCGCACCCCAACGGCCUCAUCCUCAUGUAUGAGAUCAAGUUCAAGCUGGCCGCCGAGACGGAGAAGCACGAGUGUGUAUCCAGACAGCUGUACCAGGCCCAGCGAGGUGUCCGUCUGUCCAACCUGAGCCCAGGAAACUACUCUGUCCGGGUGAGAGCCACGUCCCUGGCCGGGAACGGCUCCUGGACCCCGACGCUGGAUCUCUACGUGGCCGAACGGUAUGAGAGCGUGCUCUACGCCGCCAUCUUCGUUCCCAUCGCCAUCGUGGUCCUGAUCUGCUGCAUGGCCGCCAUGCUGGUCGUCCUCAACAGGAAAAGGAACAGCGACCGUCUGGGGAACGGAGUCCUGUACGCCUCCGUCAACCCGGAGUACUUCAGCGCUGCGGAAAUGUACGUGCCGGACGAGUGGGAGGUGGCGCGGGAGAAGAUCUGCCUGAGCCGCGAGCUCGGCCAGGGCUCCUUCGGCAUGGUGUACGAGGGCAUGGCCAAGGGCGUGGUCAAGGACGAGCCCGAGACCCGCGUGGCCAUCAAGACGGUCAACGAGUCGGCCAGCAUGAGGGAGAGGAUCGAGUUCCUGAACGAGGCCUCGGUCAUGAAGGAGUUCAACUGCCACCACGUGGUCCGCCUCCUGGGGGUCGUCUCCCAGGGCCAACCCACUCUGGUCAUCAUGGAGCUGAUGACAAGAGGAGACCUGAAGAGUUACUUGCGCUCGCUGCGGCCCAAAGAGCAGCAGUGGUCCAGCCUGUCUCUGCCUCCUCUGAAGAAGAUGCUGCAGAUGGCGGGACAGAUCGCCGACGGCAUGGCGUACCUCAACGCCAACAAGUUCGUCCACCGCGACCUGGCGGCCAGGAACUGCAUGGUGGCCGAGGACUUUGCUGUGAAGAUAGGAGACUUUGGCAUGACCAGAGACAUCUACGAGACGGAUUACUACCGCAAAGGUGGGAAAGGUCUGCUGCCGGUGCGCUGGAUGUCCCCCGAGUCCCUGAAGGACGGAGUCUUCACCACCAACUCGGACGUCUGGUCGUUUGGAGUGGUGUUGUGGGAGAUCGCCACCCUGGCGGAGCAGCCGUACCAAGGCCUGUCCAACGAACAAGUCCUUCGCUUCGUGAUGGAGGGAGGACUGCUGGAGAAACCGCAGAACUGUCCAGACAUGCUGUUCGAGCUGAUGCGGAUGUGUUGGCAGUACAAUCCCAAGAUGCGUCCGUCCUUCGUGGAGAUCAUCAGCAGCGUGAAGGAGGAGCUGGAGCCGGGGUUCAGAGAGGUUAGUUUCUACUACAGCGCCGACAACAAGCCGCCCGAAGCUCCGCCGCUGCACCUGGACAAGCUGGAGCCGCCGGCCGACGUUUCCCCGGACCUGCCUCCUCCCCCCGCGCUGCAGACGCCCCAGCACACGCCCCUGGCCCCGGCCACCCCGGGCCCGGCCCCGACGGCCCCGAGCUCCGAGGCCCCGCCCACCCCGGCACUGCCCCCCGGCUCCCCCACCGACGCCUGCACAUCCAGCUCCGUCACGGACAAGCCGCCCUCCGGCCCCUCCGGCCCGCCGGCCGCCAACGGGCUCACGGGGGCGGGGCUUCCCCCCGGGGCGGGGAUUCCCUCCGGGGCCGGGGCGGGGAUUCCCUCCGGGGCGGGGAUUCCCUCCGGAUCUGGGGCCGGGUCGGCCGUCGCAGCGAGGCCUUCCAUAGACGAACUGCCGCCGUACGCACACAUGAACGGAGGACGCAAAAACGAGCGUGCCAUCCCUCUCCCACAGUCCUCAGCCUGCUGAUCUGACACACACACACACACACACACACACACACACACACACACACACACACACACACACACACACACACACACACACACCAUCCAUCCACCUACUGCCUCGAAGAACCAGAUGUCUCCGUAGGUGGAAUUAUUAUUACUUUUCUUUUCUUUUUUUACUCAAACGGAGGGAAACCUCCGGGACCGCGCGGCGGCCGCGGCUCCGACGUCGUGAGAAGCAAAGAUCCACACGGAGGUGGAGAAGACCAUCGAUUCAUGUUCUGCUGUAUCUUCACACACUUUUUCCACAUUUCUCUAGUUUCCGUUUUCUACCAGCUGGCUGUCAGACGUGACACUGCCCCUGCUGCUGAGUGGGAAGACCAAAAAUUACUAAAAAACUUUCAAAAAAAAAAGGGAAGAAAGGAAAAAAACGGUAAAAGAAAGAAAAAAGAUAUAUAUAUAUAUAUAUAUAUAUAUAUAAAUCACGUGGAGGACCUCUUUGUCGAUUUGUGGCUGAACUUCUUUUAUAAAUUGUCAUUUGUUACUUUUUUAUGUGUUUCCAGAUGGGGAAACAAAAUGUGUCGGCCUUUAUAAAUGUUCGCUUUUGAACGGGCAUUAUGGUGAAAAAAGUUGCGCAUAUCUAACGAGUGAAGAAGCACUUCGGAGAGGUGUUUGAGUCCCGUCGCUCCGCCAGACGCCGGGUCCACCGCAGAUCCGCUGAGACACGGCCACAGGGAGGAUGGUCAGCUCUGCCAAAUUUAUUUGCCAAAACGGUACUUUUUUCAGAUUCUCCAACACACGAACGGAAGGAACGGGAGCGAAAAGCAACCAAAAGCACUUUGAUCUGCCACUCCGCCAUCCUCCGGUCCUGCAGAACAUCUCUACUCUUCUACUGCUGGCUGAUAUCGUAGUCUGGUUGAUAUCGUAGUCCCGGGCCCAGCAUUUUACCUGGAAUCGAGCCACAUCUCCUCACAAAGUGCUGUUUCAUUACGGUUAAAACCGCCAAAUACAGUGAAUUCAGAAGAAAAAACGACAACAAAAAAGGUCAAAAUAUCGGUCCGUGUACU